CGUGGAUCUUUUAGUAUAGAAGAAGCCGCUACGAUAGAACGUUAGAAGGUUCCUUGAUCAGUAUACACAUCUACUUAUUAUUUGCCCUUUAGUCAUAAUCAGCGCAACUCUUGAUACCCACACGUCAUUUUAUUGCCUUCAAAACUACCUAUUCAAUCCGAUAUGGCCCAAAAUCAAGUAAACGGGAAUAAGAGCAAUGGCUUGACAAGUUAUCUUCAAGCUUUGCCUCAGCGCAACAUGGAGCCACUAUGGCUAAAAAUGAACGCCAUGGUGCCGCCAAAACCAAACCCAAGAGCAGUGCCAUAUAUAUGGAGAUACUCUGAAAGCCUUCCCCUAUUAACUAAAGCCGCGGAGAUUGUGCCCGCAGAAGAAGCAGAGAGAAGGGUUCUCAUGCUCGUUAAUCCCACCCUAGAAUCACCAUACACUACAGACACUAUUUAUGGAGGCCUUCAAAUAGUAAAACCCGGCGAAACAGCCCCCGCGCACCGGCACACGGCGUUCGCGGCGCGCUUUAUUAUCUCUGGGGAAGGCUUCACUGCAGUAGAGGGGAAGAAGAUGCCUCUAAGGCGAGGCGAUGUGAUCUUAACUCCAUCAUGGCAUUGGCAUGAUCACGGAAACGAGAGCGAAGGUCCUGUGGUCUGGCUUGAUGCGUUGAAUCUGCCGCUCUUUCGGUACGCGCCUGUCAAUUAUGCCGAAUUAUACGGUGAGAGCCGGUAUCCUAGCACCCCCUGCGAAGAUUGUGAAUGGCGGCAUCCCUGGAAACAAGUCGAAGCUACGCUACUCUCACAAAAGGGGCCACACACGGUGUACCAUUACACCAGUAAAGGCAAGCCGUUAUCAACAACUAUUGGAGCUCAAGCCGAGCGUAUUGAUGGACACUACAGUACUACACAGAGGCAGGAGAGUUGCUCAUUCAUGUACCAUUGCUACGAAGGGGAGGGACGUACCGAGAUAGAGACGCCGGAGGGUUCGGUAGAGAGUAUCAACUGGGCCAGUAAAGAUACUUUUGUGGUUCCCGCUGGAUCUACAGUGAAGCAUGUAAAUACUUCAGCUGAGCGGGCAUACCUUGUUGCGUUCACGGAUCGCCCGCUACUGGAAAAUCUGGGUCUUAUGAAACCGUUUUAAGUAGUUAGGUAUAAUAAGAUGUUCCGAUUGAACGGGUUUGAUUCCUA